AUGGAGAAGGUACAGUUUCAGGAUGAGAAGGAAGGUCUCCAUGAUCUUGGCGCGAUCGAAUCUGCUGAGGCUGCCUCCAGCCAUUCCCGCCGCGACCGGCCAGCAUCACAUUUCCUGCGACGUUCUUUAAUAGUCAUAUCGCUUGGAUUCGUCCUUUUUAGUGUUCUCAGCUGGUUCCCUACACCUAUCCCUAAAUUCUUCUUGCAUUCAUGUCAUCCUUCGUCGAAAAGGCUGGAUGAUGGCUUCUCUGCUUCGCCCCUCACGAGCGGUGAUGUGGCGCCGCUGAUGGAGCACAAGCCUGAGGCAUCAGCGGUCGACAACAAAGUUCUGCUUGAAGCUCACGUCAUGAGCAAAUGCCCAGACGCCCGUGAUUGUCUGCAAAAAUUGGUAGUCCCUGCCAUGGAGCAGAUCAGUGACAAAGUAGACUUUGGAUUGUCAUUCAUUGCAAGUGUAUCCAACAAAUCUACCGAUGUAGUAUGCAAACAUGGUCCUGCUGAAUGCAUAGGCGACAUGCUCAUCCUCUGUGCUGCGAAUCUCCCUUUCCCACCGGAGGGACAAAGCAUGCUUCGCACCCCGACGAUCCGCUCCCUGGGCUUCGCCAACUGCCUGAUCAGUUCCUAUGAGAAGAUCCCGGAGCGCUCAUUCGUCGAGCAAUGCGCCCUGGAACAUGGCAUUGAUUUUGAUGCUCUGAACGAGUGUGCCAGCCAGCAGGACGAUGACCCUGGCCAUGACGGAGGGGACAAGGAUCCCCUUAGCGGUAUCGCGCUGCUCCGCAAGAGUGCCCUGUACAGCGAGGCGCUUGGUGUCAGAACUAGCUGUACCGUCCGGCUAGAUGAGCAUGUGUGGUGUGUUCGUGACGACGGCGUGUGGAAAGACUGUGCCCAAGGAGGAAGAGGUAGUCAGGUUUCGGUGCUUGUUGAGGAGAUCGAGAGGACUUGGAAAGAGCGGAAUUAA